CCGCACGUCGACGCCUCACACACUCACGAUGCCCGAGCCCACCAAGGAAUUCCCCAAGCGCGACGCCGCGCUCGCGGCUGGCAAAAAGGACAAGGUCGUCGCCAAGGCGUUCAAGGAGGGCGGCAAGAAGGGCGUCGAGAUCGAGGGCGCCGCGGACACGUCCGGUCUCACGUGCUUCUGCACGCGCAUGCAAAACUCCGCGGGGGACAUCAUCCUCCUCGAAGCCGCGAUGGAGGGCAUGAACGCCGUCCCGGACCCGGAAGACCCGGAGGAGCGCAAAGGGUGCUCCGGCCACAUCUCGAAGCUCAUCAUCUCCGAGAACGAACCGGAGAAGAAGAUCGCCAUGGUCGCGUACGUCACGGAGGAACACAAGGAGAAGAUCAACGCGAUCGAGUGGAUGAAGUCCGUGUGCGAGACCGACCUCGGCGGCGGCGUCGGCGGGACCCCCGACGACGCGUCCACGGACACGUGGGCGACGUGCACCGCGGUCGAGGACACGGACAAGGGCUUCUUCUACCUCAAGAUGAAGGACAACACGCUCGCGGCGGCGAUUCAGUACCUCCGCGAGCGCGGCCUCUUCAACGACGAGGAGGAUGACGAGGACGAGGAGAACCCGGCCGCGGACUUCGAGUGGUAAAUCGCGCGCCGCACGUCGCGCGAUGCCUUCGCUCGCCGCGCCUAUAAGUAGUCGCUAUAUCUUUCGUUACGGCGCGAUGAUGAGCUAAAUCG